AUGACACGCGCCUCGCUUCCUGUUAUUGAUGUUUCGCCCCUAUUUGGUGGCGAAUCCGCAGAAAAGGAAAGGGUCUCCAAGCAGAUUGAUAAUGCAUGCAGAACAUGGGGCUUCUUCUACAUUGUGGGGCAUCCGAUCCAGCAGGAGCAGAUUGAGAGGGUGCUAGAUGUAGCGAAGAAUUAUUUUUCACUCCCCAUGGAAGAGAAGCUCAAAUUGGACAUUCGUAAAAGUAAGCUGUAUCGUGGUUAUAUUGCUUUUGGGGCCGAGGACCCCGAUGAUGCUAAGGUCUACGGCUACGAGGGGUUCAAUAUGGGGCACCAUCUUCCGAAGCACCACCCAGAGGUUAUGGCAGGAGUGCCGCUCCGAGGACCGAACAUCCACCCCACUCAGGUAAAGGGCUGGGCGGAGGAAAUGGAAAAUCAAUAUGACGAUAUGUGGGCCCUUUCACUUGUUAUCCUGCGCGCUAUGGCACUGGGACUCGGCCUGCGGGAAGAUUUCUUCGACUCCAAGUUUAUGGAUCCGAUGUGUGAAUUGAAUAUAAAGCAUUACCCUUCCCCAACCACUACAGGCAAAAAAUCUCAUUUGCUUAUUGAGCACGCUGACUUUUGCGCUAUUACAUUACUCUAUCAAGACGGUGUGGGUGGCUUGCAAAUUCGAGGACUUUCCGGAGAGCUGAUGGAUGUGCCACCUGUUGAAGGAAGUUUUGUUGUCAACAUUGGAGACAUGAUGGAGAUGUGGACCAAUGGCCAAUACCGUUCUACCAUGCACCGUGUUGUUCCGAGAAGUGGCACACGGUACUCCAUGCCUUUUUUCUGUGUCCCAAACCCGAAUGUCAUUAUUAAGUGCCUCGACAACUGUCAUUCGGAGGAGAAUCCACCAAGGUACCCUCCAGUGCGGGCUGUUGACUGGAUUUUGAAGCGAUUCGCGGAAGUGUUUUCGCUUGCAAAACCUAAAAUGUAG